GGGCCAUGACAUCUUUACUUUAAAGUAAUCUUUUCUUUGCUUUAUCGAAAUAGAAAUCAGAUUCUUGAUCUUGUUGGAAGGAAUUACUACUAGUUAACAUGAUUUCUUGCGUUUUCCUAAUAUUCCUUAUCUUGGAGGGCAGAAUUGUCAAUAAAGAUUCAUUAAUGCUUCUUUCUUCCUGUCCCUAUUUCUCUUUAAGAAGAAGAUAAAGGUUACAAAAAAACUGUCUUGUCUUAUUCCUUUCUCUUUUAAAAUAGUAACUCAGGAAACAGAGAUUUGUGGAUAAUAAAUUCAUGUCUUGAGAACAAAUUCUUGUUUGGGAGAUGAGUGAUUAGUUAAUGAAGAGUAUUUUCAUGAGGGUUUUGUUCUGCAAGAUCCACUGUCCUUCAUUCAUAUGUUUCUGCAAACCUUCAACUGCUACUCAUCUUUACAAUUCUGGCCCUUUGAAAUUGGAAAAUUCCCCUCAUGUCCCUCCUUCAUCAGUUGUAAUCGAUCCAUGUGAUCAAAAUCAUGUUGAAGAAGUUAUUGAAGUCAAUAAAGAGAUUUCCGAAGAUGAAAAGCAAGAACCAGAGAUCGAAACUAUUGUUCUCAGAAGUUGUAUGAAGAACAAGUGUGACCCCGAAUCAAGAUCGCCAAUUGAAAGAAAAAAAGUGCAAUGGAUGGAUAGUUUAGGCAAACAACUUGUUGAUAUCAAAGAAUUUGAAUCCAGUGAAACAGGAGAUACAGACAACGAAGACGAUAAUGGAGGUUGCUUUUGCACGAUACUUUGAUGUUUUAAAACCAUCACCAUGUCGAUAGAAUAAGUAAAGAUCGGCUAAUUUGAACAGAUGUAGAAAAUUCAGUGAGUAGCCCAUGAUCAAGAUCGAUGAAAAAAACCCAACUGGAAAUCCGAUCCAAGUUCCCUCCCACAUAAUCCAUGAAUCUUUCUUGUCUUCUUCAUCUUCUCCUUCUGAUGAUGUAACAUCCUCUGGACAUAUGAUCCUAAUCUGCAUGCCACAUAAUCCGCUGUUGUUUGCAAAAUACUUCAACUCAUUCAUCGUGUCCAUCUGUCCACCCACCGGAAUCCUACCUGUCAGCCUGUUAUUGCUCACAUCAAGAAUCGUAAGUUGAUCAAGCUUUCCCAGUGAUUGAGGAAUCGAACCCGAGAUUUUGUUAUGUGAUAAAUCCAAGCUCUCUAUUCCCUUCAGAUUCCCAAAAGUCACCGGAAUAUUCCCGGAGAUGUCAUUGUGUGAAAUGUUGAGAAGUUUCAAGCCUUUGAGAUUGCCUAACGAUGCCGGAAUCUCGCCGGAGAUUCUGUUUUCUGACAAAUCCAAGAAUGAGUAGAUGUCUAAGCUCCGACUUGAUAGCCCUCGAAAAGAGUUCUUCCAGUUUAAUAUCAAGUCUUGAAACUCGAUUAAAAAGUUGAAGAUGUCAUACGUUGGUGACAAGUCCGGAGUGUUUAUCAUUCUUGCUAAGUUUCCGAUCUCCGGUGGGAUGAUUCCGCCGAGGUUGUUCCCGGAGACAUCAAGAAUCCGGAGUGAAGUGAGGUUGGAGAUUGUUCUUGGGAUAAAUCCUUCUAGGGAAUUGUUUCUUAAGCUUAGAACUUGCAAAUUCGGGAUUUGAGGAAGAACUUCGUGGAAAUUUCCGGUGAUAUCGUUGUCAUGAAGAUCAAGAUGUUCGAGGUUGACCAAGUUGGUCAAAUUCCGGGGCAGGUUGCCGGAAAAUCUAUUCCCACCAAGAGAUAGAAUCUGAGUUUCUGUGGAAAAAGUCACCGGAAUCUCGCCGGAGAAUUCGUUGUAUGACAAAUCGAUGUAAGCAAGAAGAGGGUUAUCUCCAAACACUGGAAAUUUGUCGCCGGAAAAUCUAUUUCUAGACAAAUCCAGAAGUAGUAACCGGUAAAUAUUGGAUAUAGACAUUGGAAUUUGGCCGGAGAAAUUAUUUCCCGACAACAUAAGAAGCAUGAUUGCUCUGGCGUUUCCUAUAUUCUCCGGUAACUCGCCGGAAAAAUUGUUCCGGGACAACGCAAGAAUUGAUAAACUUAAAGAUUCAAAUAAGCGAGGCGGGAGUGAUCCAGUAAGCUUGUUAUCUGACAAGAUUAUGCUUCCGAUGUCCAUCUUAGCAAGCCAAUUGGGAAACUCCCCCUCCAAUUGAUUCUGGCUCAAAUCAAGAAGAUUCAAGUCUUUCUGUGAAGAAAUCCAUUCAGGAAUCUCACCGGAAAAUCCACAGGAAGACAUGGAGAUCUGUUCUAGCUUACAUUUUGGAACGAUUUUUGUUUUAUUAUUCCAAAUCAAGCGGUUACCUUUUCCUCCGAUGAACAAUUUCUUUAAACUUCUGAUGUUGAAUAACCAUGUUGGGAUUUCUCCGGCGAGCAUGUUGUUCUUGAGCUGAAGGGUUUCUAACUUUCUUAAGUUUUGCAUCGAUGGUGGGAUUGGACCCAUGAACUGGUUCUUACUCAGAUCAAGAGUCGUAAUGUUGGGUAGUCUUCCUAUGCCAAAAGGAAUUUGGAGGGAGAACGAAUUUCCAGACAGGUCUAGGGAUUCUAAAUCCUUGAGAUUUUCAACCGAAGAGGGGAUUCCACCGGAAAAUUGAUUCUUUCCUACCCAAAGUUCCUUUAACUUAGUCAGAUUUCCAAUUUCCUCCGGGAUACUUCCGGUAAUAAAAUUCUCAUUCAGCUUCAAGGAUUCAAGAUUCCGAAGGUUUCCAAUUUCAGAACUUAAACCACCGGUGAGACUGUUGUUGCUUAGAUCCAGAAAGCGAAGAGAUUCAAGUUUGAAAAGCGACGGAGGAAUCAUACCCUGGAAACGAUUCACACUCAACAUUAAUGUUGUCAAGUUCCGAAGAGAAACCAGUUCAGGCCCUAGUCCACCUUCAAGGUAAUUGGUGCUCAUAUCCAAGUAACGUAGAUUUGUUAACCGGAAAAGUUGGUCGGGGAUGGAGCCAUUGAAGCUGUUCUGCAUCAUGUCAAGAUGAACAAGUCCGGUAAGGUUACCAAACCCAUUUCCGGGGAUCUCACCUACCAACGAAUUCAUGGAGAUAUCGAGGAAUUUCAGGGAUUGGAUUUCGAAAAGGGGAUUCAAGAUAUUGGAGAACACCGGAACCAGGUCAACAAACAGGGGAACGACAGCGUCUAGGUGGAGCUCGGUGACGAUUCUGGUUUUGUUGCUGGUUCUGGUGCAAUUGACACGGUCCCAUGAGCAACAAUCGGAUUUUGGACUCCAUGAAUCUAGUUCUUCGAAUGGUACAUAAUCAUCUGAGUUGGGGUCGGAGUUGGAAUUGAAGAUGGUGGUGAUGGUGGAUUUGAAUCGAAGAAGAGCUUGUUUUGAUGAAUCGGACAAGAGCAUGAUGGGAUUGGAAUAGAAUUCAGUAGAACAAGAAUGAUAAUAUCGACAGUGAUGUUGUCAAGGCAGCCAUGGCGGUUUCCGGCGGGUCUACCUUCGAUUUAUCUCUUUACAACGAUGGCCAGAUUAUAAAGGGAUUGGAAUUCUCAAUUCUGUGUUUCAUUUCAUUUUUAUUAAUCCAGAGUAAUGUUGUGUGUUUAUUGAAUGAUGUACAAGUUAUAUAGCAUAGUUGGUUUGAAGUUGGUGAAUAUGGGAGUGGAAAAGGGAAUUAAAGUCGUCGACUAAUUCUAGUCAAUGGGUAGUGUAGUAAACUAGUACUAGAGUUUGAAUAUCGAGAUAAAUGGGCC